AAGGAGUGCAUAAAAUAAAAGUAAAUGGAAUAUUAAGUUCAAGAUUAGAAUAAACACGUAGUGUUUUAAAUCAAAAUCCAAUUCUUUGGUCUUGGCCCAUUAUUGUUCUGGCAUAAUAAUGACAUCUCAGAUUAGAAAUCAAUAUUUCACUGAAAGGGCUAUUACUGAGUUUAUUCAAUGCAUAAUUGAGUUUUGGAAAGUGCCCUUUAAUUUGCAUUAAAGAUAACGAAUCUUUCUCAUCUGAACUUUCUCAUCUAACAAUAAUCCCAUAAUAACAAUACGCCUAAUAAUAAUAAUAAUAAUAGCCUUCCCUAGACGUUGAUUUUUUACCGAUUUUACAUUGUAAACCUUGCGUUGGAUCCCUCAAUACUGAGGAAAAGUUAGAUCAUGGCAUUAUGAUCUUGGAAAUAUUUAUUAAAACGAUAAUUCUCACAACCUCAAAGUGGCCCAUAUAAGCGAGGGAGGAAAUAAAAAUAAACCUAUUUAGAGCCUUUCCAUGCAGUUCAGGAGUUCAGAUGAAAUUGAGUAUAUCAGGAACCAUAUCAUCCCUCACUCUCAGUGCGCCACUGUUACCCCUCACGCGCGCAGACGGAGAUAAUAGGCUAUUAGAUCCAUGGGAUUCAUUUGUAGCCAAUUACAACCCACAGUUGAAUAUGAAUGCAUAAAUAAGGCGUAGCUUGUGUCUAAGUUUUGGCUACGACUGAACGAGGGUGGGAGGUGGCGCGAGAGCGAGGUGUGCGUGCAUGACAUAAACGUUGGAGGGUCCUGAGGGGAUGGUUCAAACCCCAAAAAGUAGUUGAGCAAGGGAGACCAACAUCCAACAGUGAACCAUCACCUCCUGGCUGUGAGCCGUGAGUAACAAAGACCAGAGUAGUGCAGCUGUAAGAGGGGGUUUGGCAACGCAAGCUGUGCAGGAAUAUUGCACCAGACAUUAUAGCCUACUUUUCUCAAAUUGCAUGCGCUGGUAUGUCUUCUUCGGUUGUAAGAGAAGCUUAAGUUGAUUGUCUUGGUGCUAAAGCUCUGAUAAGGAAGUCAUGAACAGGGAAAAGGUUCAGGUGGGAGACGUCUCAGUUGCUGCUCCGCCGGCGUCCGGUGUGACUGCCCAAACAGCUGUGAUCGUCGUGGCCGCUCCGGAAAGCAUGGACAAUCACGGCGAGAAGCGGCUCUCUGCCAACGCACUGUCGAUGUUUUCCUGCCCCGGGGGUAGAGACAUACUACAAGCGGACAGUCGAAACAACUCUCCACGUCAAGAGCCGGCUCCGGUAGCAAUGCCAAUGCUUCACCGGACCACUUCAUUUUCGGUUUUGGACAUUUUGGACCCAAAUAAAUUUACGAGCAAAAAGCCAAAUCCUAACCGGACAGGCAGCGAAUUCGCCUUUGGGACAGAGAACCGUGGAGGUGAUGACUCGAAUCAUGAUGUAGAGCAGAAGUCUUAUGCAGACGACUAUGACACAUGUCAAAAAUCUACAGGACUAAAGGAGGGGUUCAUGUGUGCCUACAGAUCCGAAGAAUGUGAGAAUGAUUUCAAAAGAGGCUCCCACUCUGACAGCGAGAUGCAGGAUGACGUGUGUAGUGAGGAGAGCAGCAGCGCACUAACUGGAAACGCGGAGGGGGAACUGGGACACCAUGAUGACGACGACCAGGCGAGCAAGAGCCCAAGAAGUCCUGGUGGACAGCAAACUCAACAGUCAGGGUCGAAUGGACAAAGUAAUCAAGGAAAGCCGAAGAGAAAGCGCUCUGGCUCCGAUUCAAAGUCGGGUAAGCCCCGAAGGGCCCGGACAGCAUUCACUUACGAACAACUUGUUGCACUGGAGAACAAAUUCAAGUCCACCCGAUACCUCUCUGUGUGUGAGAGGCUCAAUUUGGCACUGUCACUCAGUUUGACUGAAACUCAAGUCAAAAUCUGGUUCCAGAACCGACGGACCAAGUGGAAGAAACAAAACCCUGGCGCAGAUACCAGCGCCCCGACGGGCGGUGGCCAGAACGGCCAGAGCAAUGGACUAGGGAGCCUGAGUCCACUCAGCUCGUCUCCUCCCAUGAGCCAUCUGUCAAUGCACACGGGCUACCCAGGUCACGGACCAGGCGGGCUAGUCUGCACCACCCAAUUACCCUUUCUGCCAAGUCAUGCGGUACUGUCACCUUUCAUGUUAGGAUCUCAGACCUACGGAGCGCCUGCGUUUUACACUUCUCACCUGUAA